AUGGCCAGGGUUUGGGAUGUACUCGUUUUUCUCGUAAAGGAAGAGAAUUUCUCGAUACCCAAAUACAAUAGAAAAGUGAAACUAAGAGCGGACUACGACCCUCAGGGCAUAAGUAUUAAGUUGUUAGAAGUGGAUGAGGCUACAGAGCUGUUAGAAUUCCCAGUCGAAUCCAGCACCGAAUGCUGCAAAGUCGGACUCAAGUCCUACUUGUUUUCGCUCGACAAUGAAUCCUUAUUAAUUAAAUUUAAUAGUAAAGAAGAAGCUCGAGACUUUACACUGGUAAUGACAAAGGUGAAGGUCGGGAGAGAUGCCUCAGUGUUUUCGGUUAGAACAGAAGACUCCUCGGCUACGCAGUAUUUUCAGUUUUACGGUUAUUUAUCGCAACAGCAGAACAUGUUGCAAGACUUCAUUAGGACUUGCACUUAUCAGAGAGCUAUAUUGUGUAAUUUGGAUGACUUCAAAGAUAAAGUGGUUUUAGAUGUGGGAGCUGGCUCAGGUAUUUUAUCUUUCUUCGCUGCUCAGGCGGGAGCGAAACGAAUAUACGCUGUCGAGGCUUCCACUAUGGCCCAUUAUGCGCAGAAGUUGGUAGAUGCGAACAAUUUCUCUAGUUGCAUUAAAGUUAUACCCGGCAAGAUAGAGGAAGUGGAACUUCCCGAGAAAGUGGACGUCAUAAUUUCCGAACCCAUGGGCUACAUGUUGUACAACGAACGUAUGUUAGAAUCCUACCUCAAUGCCAAACGAUGGCUCGUUCCGGGAGGGAAGAUGUACCCCACCAGGGGCGAUUUGCACAUCGCCCCGUUCACCGACGAUUCUUUAUACAUGGAACAAUUUAGCAAAGCGAAUUUCUGGUUCCAGACGUGCUUCCACGGUGUGAACUUGUCCGCGAUACAAAACUGUGCCGUUAAGGAAUACUUUAGGCAGCCUAUAGUCGAUACUUUUGACGUACGAAUUUGUAUGAGCAAAAGCAUAAGGCACGUCGUCGAUUUCUUAGAGGCGGACGAAACUGACUUGCAUAGCAUUUAUAUUCCCUUAGAGUUCCAUAUUUUGGAGUCGGGCACUUGCCACGGGCUCGCGUUUUGGUUCGACGUCGCGUUCAUCGGAUCCCAGCAGACUAUCUGGCUGAGUACAGCGCCCACCGAACCCCUGACGCACUGGUAUCAGGUCAGAUGUUUGCUGGAGCAACCAUUGUUGCUUAAACAAGGUCAAGUGUUGACUGGCUCGGUGCUUCUGAUAGCCAACAAAAGGCAAAGCUAUGACGUGACUAUAGAGUUGACUGUCGAAGGCACCUCAUUGACUUCAAAGAACACCUUGGACUUGAAGAAUCCUUACUUUCGGUACACGGGCGCCCCGGCGCAGCCUCCUCCCGGUGUCGCGAAUGUGUCGCCCAGCGAGAGUUACUGGAGUCAACUGGACGCUCAAGGUGUGCGCAACGCCGUCAACAUGGUCAACGGUAUGUCCGUCAACGGAUUAGGGGAGGUCUCGAUGGAUACCACUCAGACUUUAAUCAACAAUAACUUAAUGGCAAACAACUUAAUCGCCCUGGUGGACCCCCAGCACAUGACAGAGACCGCCCAGCCGAACAUUCAUCCGGGUUGCAUUCCCAGCACUGGCAGGGGCAGAGUGGCCGCCAGCCCGACCUCCACCCACACCGCGCAGCUAAUAGGCGGGGCGAUAUCGCCGUCCCUGUUCACCUCGCCACAGCAGCAGCAGCAGCCGCUGGUCAUGGCCAACUACCCCGUCGCGCAGAAUCUCAUGAUCGGCGACUACGUGAAGCCGGGCAACGGGAUCGUGUAUCGUCAGUAGGCGUUUGUAGGCUUUAGGUUUUUAGGACGCUGCGCGCCGUUUACGCUCAAAACUCGACGAGAUUUUUUUUUUGUCUGUGCCCUCCUUUUUUAAGUUAUUUUUUUUUCUUAGGUUUUAGGUGUGCAUCGCGUUGUAUUUAUGGUCAUUAUAAUGUAAGUGGUAAAUUGUUGACGGUCGGACGGGCGGCGAAGAAGAAGCUUCCGCAAGUUAACCUCAAUCCGCUUUUAUAUAUUUUCCAAGGUCGCUUUAGGGCCGCGUAAGGCCUAGGUAGUUCGUUUGUACCGGCGUAAGCGAAGUAAGUCGAUUAGUAGAUCACGUGACGAAAUCGCUAACAGGAUACCCUUGCAUAAAAAUGAAAGCUAUUGAAGCAAUCUCAAGGCAAUAAAUACGGUACAUUGGUGAAACAUCGGCCAUUUUGGUUGGCUUUGGGAUCCAAUAAGCUUUUGUAGGUGUUUCCUGUGAUUAUUUAUCAGUGGUCUUUUAUUCUACUUUCCAAGUAUUAGAAUUGGAAAUCGAAGGAAAUGGUAAAUCGGUUUGUUUCGAUCCCAAACUUCGACGGCUGCCAGGAACAGCCAUCCUAGGUCACAUUAAUAUAACGUAUUUGACAGAAUGGAAGCACAGGGGCACCCCCCUCGUGAGGACGCAAUCGGUAUCUUGGUGGUGUUAUUAGUCAUUUUAAUCGCUAUUGAUCGAUUUAGAGAGCCGAUUCGCCUUUCCGUCCAACCGAACGGUGUGAUUUUAACGUUAGUUUUAUUAAAAUUUAGAUGAAGCAAAGUGGAAAACAAUAAUAAUUUUAAUCGAAGACGCGGCAAC